GAAUGUCUUUUAUGCAUAUUUUGUCUUCAAAAUGUCCAUGGAGUAAAUUACCUGGGUUACAGCUUUACUGAACUUAUAAAAAACAACACAGUGGUUUGGCAGCAGGUGAAGCGGCGUGGAGAGACGGGGCGGAACGGACCGGAGCUCCAGAGUUGGUCUGGAUUCAGAGAUUUGGUGAAGCUUGAACUGGAGGGAUCAAGAAGACUCCUCCACCAUCACAUCAACAGCUGGCCAAAUGGAUCGGUCCUGAUUCCUGGAGAUAGUUUGGCAGAGGCGCUCCAGGCCUGGAGAAGGAAAACCAUUGGAUUAGAAACCCGGUGAGAUGGUUCCUUAUUUAUUUAUUUAUUUAGUGGUUUAAGAGACGCAGACUGGUGAAUCCUUUGGGUCCCAAUGUUUUGUUAUUUCUGUGGAUCUGAUCAUUUCUAGCGCAUAACUGUGGACUUUUUAUUGGAUAAUUUUUUUAAUUCUCUUUGUGAAAUAGAUGAAAUUGAUUUAGAGUAUCGGAGGGAUGCUUCAGUUUUGGUUUAGGUUAUUUAAUAUGAAGGACUGCAAGAAUGACUGAUUGCUUUUUAAAUUUUGGUUAGAACAGGUGAUUUUUGUGUAUUAAAUAUAGCGUGCCCCUCCCACCUGCUGAUGUGUUUGAUUGUUUUACCUUUUCAUUCAAAUAGAUUUUUUUUCUGGUAUUAAUUAGGACAGGCUGUUUAAUCUUGUGCAAUCUUCCGUUUAGGCGGGGAUUUAUUACAAGCUGUUUAUGUCGUUUAGCUGUUUAUUAAAAGAUGAGAGGAAGCAGCAGGUCUGGUUUGGUGUCUCCAGUUCCUGGAAGCUCUCCGUCCCUCAGCCCUCUCUACUUCCCCUCAGACCACUCUGAGGUUUAGUUCUUGUCACGCCCUGUGUGAAGCAGUGAGCAGCUGUGGUGACAGCAGAGCCUCAGCAGCUGGGAGUCAAAACUUGCUGUUUGUUCAUCAUGAAGGUCGUGCUGCUGAUCGCGCUGCUCACAGUGUCAGGAUGUGACGGCAGGAGAGUUGUUGGUCAGACGGGUCAGAAUGUGACUCUGCCCUGUAAUUAUGAUAUAAAGACUAAAGGAGCAGUGCAUGUUUGCUGGGGUCGAGGAGAGAUACCGAAAAGCAAGUGCAACAAUCAGCUCCUCUCUACAGACGGACAUAAAGUUGAGACCAGAGCUUCCAGCAGGUAUCAGCUACUGGGACGACUGGAUGAAGGAGACGUUUCUCUGACCAUCCUCAUCCUCACAGAGGAAGAUGCUGGACGAUACGGAUGCAGGGCAGAGAUACCUGGAUGGUUCAGUGAUGAAAAGCAUCAUGUUGACUUGACAGUUGAAAGAGCUCCGACCGCCUGGGCCCCAUCAGAACCUCAGACAUCCUCAGAGAGACCAGCUGCUGCUCAGACUGCAGCAGAUCAGCUGACCACAGAGAGCCUCCUGACUUCCUCUUCUAACAGCAGCAGCUCCACAGACGAGGGGCAGGAGGGCAGCAUGGUGGCUGUGAUUCUGGUGCUGGUUCUGUUCCUGCUGGUGGUUCUGCUCACUGCAGCCGGACUCUUCAUCAUGGCCAAAAGAUGGAAGCAGCUCAAACUGCCUCCCCAGCAGCAGCAGCGACACCAGGUCCAGAUCAGCUCCACCUCCUCCACCCUGCAGCUGCACCAGCGGGCCUCCGUUGUGGAGAACGUCUACCAGAUAGACGGAGCCGACAACGGGGGAGGAGACUAUGAGUUAUGCCCAUGAGGCCCCGCCCACUUCCAGCGUCGCCACGGAGACAGGGAACAUAAUGGGAGCCGUCCAAUCAGAGCUCAGCUGGCAGGUUGAUGUUCAGGUCAGAAGGUCAAGUUAGAGGAUGAAGAAACUCCUGGAAGCUAUUAUCAUCAUCGUCAUCAUUAUUAUUAUUAUUAUUAUUGUUAUUGUUGCUAAUGUCUGACAUGAAGCUGAUUCAGGUUUUAAAUGUUUAAAACGAGGAUUAAUGAAUCAUUUUUAACCAUCUGAGUUGCGUGUCUGACGGCGAUGCUAAACAGUGAAAAGCUUAUGAAUCAAAACACCUGGAAGGUCAGAGGUCACCGACUGGAAUGACAUCAUUAGAGAAGAAACGUCCUGCUGGAAACCGAUGAACUCUGUGGGGAAACAGAAAACCCGAUGGAACGACCAGCUGGUCCAGAUCUCUGCUGGAUCAGAACCGGUUCUGGUUUGUGGGGGAACCCAGAGGUUCUGGUUCUGGUUCUCCUGGCUCCUCUAAGAAGCAGGUCUAACCAGUCGGCUGCCGUUCUUACAAAGCAUGUUGUUGUUGUUUUUCUGUUUGUGAGAAGUUUGUGAUUUUGUUUCUGUGUUUAUAGAAAUAAACUUUACUAAUUAAUUUCUGCCUGGAAACCUGAGAAACUAUUUGUCCAUGAAAUCCACUGAAAACGUUUUACUGCAGAUCAUGAACACAGAGUCUGGCUGAAGGCUGAGGCUCAUAGUUAAUUUUAAUCCCAGUGUGAAGUCAGAUUAAAGUGUUUCUGUAUUUUAACAUCCGUUUCUUUGAUGUUUCGUUUCAUUUUUGUUUUUUUUCUCUGUCGUUUUGUGAAUCCGUCUGGUUUCCUGUAGAAAUAAAACCUGACGGUUUCUCUCCACAGUCACCUGCCCUCAUUUGAGACGUUGAAUGUGAAUCAACAACAAUAACCUGGAAUAUAAUCCAUAUAAUCCCUCCCUAAUCUGCUCCUCUAAAGCUGAGCUGGGAGUCAGACUGUCUGGAUACCUUUGUUUUCUUCCUACCUUAAAAUAAGCAUAUUUAACAACUCAAUAAAAUCUGUUGAAAUUCA